AUGAAAUCAAUGCUGAGGAAAACGUGGAAGAUGCGUUGUUCACCAGCUGCUGCGACGCGCCGGUGUCUAGCGACAGUUGCCGCGCGGUAUUCUCUGCCGGGUGCGUCGUCCGCGGCGUCCGCGGCAGCGCUGCCGUUCUGCGCGGGGCUCCCCCUGCGGCAGCAGUGGCGGCAUCGUAGCUUUUGCUUUUACCUCAACUUGGACGACCCUGCCGAGACGCGCCGGCGUGUCGAGGAGGAACUUGCCCGCAUCGACCAGGAGCACCAGCGCGGGACGAUGGUGCACCUCCACGCGCUCCUCAACCUUGCGCUUAGUUGCUACCAGUCGCAGGAUUACGUCGCCGCCCUCGAGUACGCGGAGUACGCCCACAGCAAGACGAGAGAGCACAACAGGAACGCAACGCUUCUCUACUUCACCGCCAAGACGUGCUCUCGCUGCGCCGUGGCUCUCGCGGAGGAGUACGAGGCCCACCUGCGGGAGGUGGCGGAGAGGGCGGCUGUGUCCUCAACGUUGGUGCCACCGCCCUCGGUGGUGUUCUCGGCGGAGCGGAGCAUUGCGAAGCUGCGCGAGGAUGCGGCGCGCUACGACGGCAUCGCAGAGCGUCUGUACAACCGCCCUGACAAGGCCUUUAUGCGCGGCUGUGGAUCCGCGUCUACCGGGUGGACGGAGGAUGCGGGCGGGAUGGAUGAGGAGCCGGAGGAAUUUUUUGGGGCGCGAUGGAGGGAGCGCCGCAAGCGGCCAGAACACGCUGCGAUACGCCAGCACUAUCAACACCAGCGACAGCAACGCGGUGAUGGGGGCGGAAGGGGUGUGCCGAAGUGA